AUGGUCGUCGCAUUCCCUAUCAUUAAACUUGGCUCAUUGCUCGUCAGGCAAAUAAGUCGACCGUUGGCCAACCAGAUCAAGAAUGGUGCCAAGCGGAGCAGCAUCUUUCGCCGAUUCGUUUGCUUACCAAUAGCCCAGUGUAAAGAAUCGUUAUUCUUUGAACUUAAAAACAGUAUAUUCAUGGUUGGUUCUGAGCAGAAAUGCCAUCUCUUGCCAACCAUAUUUUGGCUAUUUUACCACAAAGUGGAAAUGACCCGCAAAAUGGUGUGGCUCGGGUUCGGAAAACCGGUGGACGUUCCAGCAUUGACCGAAGAGGCAGCGGUCGAACUGGGCGCUAAUCUCGUUGGGGAGCUAAUCGUUUACGUUGUUGCGGUGAUCAUUUUCACCGUCGAGUACAACAGGACGAACGAAAAAGCGCGCAUCAAGGAACUCGAGAUAAAAAACCAACUGGUGGACCUUGAAUACAAGGUUAAAUUUCUUGACAUCCAGCUGCGCCACCAGGACGCAGAGAUACGUAGCAUGGAACGGCACUUGGCCAGCAAAACGCGCUUUGUAUGUGAGCGGCAUAGUCACGAAAACGUCACGAAUAAUAUUUCCGUUCCUACUUCACCUUCUCCUUCGACUACUUGUUCUUCCGGUGAGGAUUAA